AUGGUGUCUACUGAGAUUUUCUAUAAUGUAUUUAACGCAAGUGAUCUUCUCAAUAGGAGUCGCAACAGCCGGAUAGUAUUUGCAGGGGACUCUAUUGGUAGAAACCAAUGGGAAUCCUUGCUAUGCAUGCUAGCACAGGGUGUUUCAAACAAGUCCACAAUAUAUGAAGAAAAUGGCAACCCUAUAACCAAACACAGGGGCUUCCUCUCUAUGCGGUUCCAGGAAUACAACCUCACUGUCGAAUACUACAGGCUUCCCUUCCUCGUCAUAUUGGACCGCCCCCCGAAAAAUGCAUCCAAGGAAGUCCGCGGCGCCAUUAGGGUCGACGUGCUUCACUGGUACUCUUCAAAGUGGGUCGGAGCAGAUGUUCUUGUUUUCAAUGCCGGCCACUGGUGGAACCACGACAAAACCAUACACAUGGGACUUUAUUUCCAGGAAGGUGGGACUGUGAACAUGAGCAUGGAUGUAAUGGAAGCGUUUCGGAGGUCCUUGCAAACCUUGAAGUUGUGGUCAAUUCAAAAUUUAGAUCCUGGAAAAAGUCAUAUUUUCUUCCGUAGCUACGCACCAGUGCAUUACAGGAAUGGAACAUGGAACGAAGGGGGAAGCUGUGAUACUAACACAGCACCAGAAACCGACCACACAAAGAUGGAAGCUGAGCCACCAAAUAAUCUGUUUAUCUCUGACGUAGUUAAAUUGAUGGAAAGGGCUAAUCGAAAAGCACAGUUCUUGAACAUCUCAUAUCUAUCAGAGUUUAGAAACGAUGGUCACCCUUCAAGCCAUCGCGAGCCAGGUACACCACCUGAUGCUCCCCAAGACUGCAGCCACUGGUGCCUACCUGGUGUUCCGGAUACAUGGAAUGAACUUCUCUAUGCUCAACUACUCUCAAAGGGAUUCAGAGCUAGGGCCAAAUGAAAAUCGGUGGUUACUUUAGUAGUUGAGAUACUUCUAAUUCAGGGUAAUUGCUUAGCAAUUUCAUUGAGGUUAGCGUCAGUAGUUUCCAAUUCUUUCGCCUUCUCAAGGGCCUCAGGAGAUCUAACCUUUUCAGUCCAUAUGUGGAUGGAGGGUAUCUGCAAGAGAACAGAGUACUUGAUAAGCCAGGGAUAAGCUCCAUUAAGCAUUUAAGAUAGAAAACUUGAGCUCUGGAAAAUACUGACCAGCGUUGGUACAUAUCUUUGAAUCAUGGCUAACAUGUCCAACUGCAGAAACCUGUUGUACAUUUAUUAUGGCUCAGACAUUGGAUUAUGAUAACUCAAGCACCAAGAGAGGGGGAAAAAAAUGGGCAUGUUAAUGUUAUUUGUUUGAAAGAGGGAAAGCAAAGCAAGUAACAGACUUUGUUUGAGAAAAGUUUGAUAAAACAUACAUAUGAAAACAGUGUGAUGACUCGCUUUAUUUUGGUCAAACAUUCAUAUCCUACCCAGACAAAUAAAGCCACUGGAAAUCAAUUAAUUAUUUUGAUA